GCCCCGUCCCCGCCCCUGCGGCGCGGGCGGAAGCGCGCGGUGCGCGGGGAUGGAGCCGCCGGCCAUGGAGGGGCCGCUGCUGGUGCAGCACAGCCACAAGUUCGGCGCCAAGCGCUGGAAGCGCGGCUGGUCCGCUCUCUACCCCGCCAGCCAGCACGGCGUGGCUCGCCUCGAGGUGUUCGACUGCAAGGAGCCGUCGGCGGCCGGGCGGGCGGGUACCCGGCGGCUCGCCCGUACCGUGGUGCGGCUCAGCGACUGCACCAGCGUGGCCCCGGUGGGCGAGGYUGGUCCCCGCGCCGGCACCGCCACCUUCCGCCUGGAGACCCGCGACCGCAGCUUCCUCUUCGCGGCCGAGAAGCAGCAGAGUGAAGAGUGGGUGGCGAAGCUGUGCCAGAUCGCCUUCCCGGGAAAUGGCCCCAGCGAUGGCGUGGUGUCACCGCGUGGCCGAGAGGGCAGUGGGGACGCGCCGGCCCUGGAGAUGGCUGUGAACUCCAUCUACUACUCCAGAGAUGAAGUGAACGCCUUCUGGGUGACGGUGCAGCGGACGGAGGCGGCCGAGCGCUGCGAGCUGCGUGGCUCCUACGUGCUGAAGGCAGAGCGGGACAGCCUCGUCCUGAAGGACCCACGGACGGACGGGAUCCUCUACGUCUGGCCCUACCGGCUGCUCCGGCGAUACGGCCGGGACAAGGUGAUGUUCUCCUUCGAGGCCGGCAGGCGCUGCGACUCGGGACCUGGGAACUUCACCUUCGAGACCAAGCAGGGCAACGAGAUYUUCCGCCUGGUGGAAGCGUCCAUCCAGGAGCAGAAGGCGCAGGUGCAGGAGAACCGGCAGAGCUGCGACUCKCUGGAAGCCGACAGCCCCAGCAUGGUGCUGCUCCGCCAGGCCAUGGCCGACAGCCUGAGCCUGGAGCUGCCCGCUGAGGGCGACGACGCCCCGGCACCCAAAGCGGGGCUGGCACCCAGGGCUGGCACAGCAGAGGAGAGAGACGCCGCGUCUCUGCUCAAGAGCCGGACUCUGCCGGAGCUGCCCGUGCCCCCGGCCAAGCCCGCGGUGCCCAGCACCCCGCCACGCUCCCCUCUGCCCAAGGUGCCGCGGCCCGUGCUGCUGGCUGAGGACCCGUCCAGCGUGUACUCGGAGCCCUUGGACGCCGUGAAGGGCCCGCGGCCGUGGCCRGACCCGCUGUACUCGGACCCUGUGGACAGCAAGGCCGUGAGCGGGGCCAAGGCGCCCGGCGGGGCCGCGGAGGAGCCGAAGCUGCGGCUGCCGGUGCCGCCGUUCUCGGGCCCGUACGAGCAGGUCCGGGCUGAGGGGCAGGGCCGGGCCGAGGGGCGCUCUCAGGGUCCCCCCAGGCACAAGGAACACAUCUACGACGAGCCCGAGGGCCGCGCUCCGCGCUCGCUGCCCGCCCUCACCUGCAUCUACGACGAGGCGCGGCCCACGGGCGAGGCCUGGCGCACGCAGGGCCAUGAUGGCAAGGGCGGCUAUGAGUACCCCUACAACGCCAGCACUGACGACUACUCCGUACCCACCUUCCAGCCCAAGGCCAAGAGCCCCAAGCCRGUGCCAGCCCCCAAACCCCAGGCUGCCUUCAUCCCCAAAGGGGUGGAGAGGAUGGAGGAUCCUGGCAGGCGGCGGAGCAGCGCUGCCCCUGAGAAAGCGCUCGCCAAACCCGGCCUCAACAGCAGCAACAACAACAACGUGGARGUGCUCUACAGCCAGGUGGUGAAGCCCCAGGCGCUGCAGAAGAAGGAGCAGUGUGUGGAUGAGUACAGCUUGUCGCCUCUCUAUGAGGAYUUGGGAGAGAUWUGAGGUGCUGCUGCUUUGUGUGUCYGUAUCSCAGGAGGGACUGAACAUCCUGGUGCCAGCURGGCUCCUCCUCUCCAGGGUUGUGUGGUUGUUUUUGCUCACCAGCACCGAGGGGCUGUGUUCCCCUGGAGGGGAACAGCAAGAGAGCUGUCGCUGGUGCAGAUCCCAGUGUUUCUCCAGCUCUGGAGCUGGCUCCACUGUGCCUUGUGUUCUGCAGGAGGGCUGAUCUUUUCCUGUAUCUGCUGCUCUGGCUCUGCUCUGGCUUCCUCUCUGACCAGGCUGCAGAGCUCUGGUGCCUGUUGUGGUGCAUGGAAGGCUGCUUGCCGUCAGUCUCCAAUAGUAUUUUUAUACAAAGUUAUUUUAUUAUUAAAGUCUGUCUGUCUCAGAAUGACACGUUUGCCUGUGGCGUGGAUGGGGAGAUGCUGGUGCACGUUUGUGCCAGAGCUACUGAGCUAAGAGAGAGCCUCAAAGGAAAGUGCCUGCCAGAUUCAGCUAUGGCUGGGAUGUCCUGAUUCCAGGGGAUUAAGGGAAAUGAGAGUCAGGAUCCUAAAUAUGUGAUGGCCUCCAGGCCUAAGGCUGGGCAGGGCCAGGCRCCAGCUCUGCUGCAGCUCAGUGGCUGUUGAGUCACAGAUUUCUCCUUCUCCAGCCCCAUCCCACUGCUGACCCUCUGCCCUGCUCCCAGACGCUUUCAAAAGCCUGGAAUGGCCCAGUCUGGAUCCAAA